AUGGCUGCGCUUCAAACUAUCGAAGUUCCACACCUUGGCGGCAUCAAGGCUGGAUAUGCCUUCUCCAAGGACCAUUAUGAUCCUUCUAAGCCGACAUGCGUGCUCAUUAAUUCGAUGUGCAUGACCGUUUCUCUCUACCAUGAUCAAUUUAACAAUGAAGUCUUGACUGAUGCCAUGAAUCUUCUGGCCAUUGAGCCAUUAGGCCAUGGCUCGACCAGUUCUCCCUCGGAACACUUUACGUACUGGGAUUCUGCUCACAUGGCUUUGCAGGUCAUGGACCACUUUGGCAUUCAGAAAGCCUUCGUCCUAGGGACAAGUCAGGGGGGGUGGAUCGUGACUAGGAUGGCCCUCCUAGCCCCAGACAGGAUCCUCGGUCUUAUGCCCCUCGGAACCUCCAUGGAUUACGAAUCCUUGGAUUCUCGAUCCAAGGGCUGCUGGGAUCCUGCUGCCAAUCUUACGGUGUUUCAUGAGAAGUGGACCAGUUCCUCGACUACACCCGACUUUGUUGUGGAUGACGUCUGGUGCGGACUGGUGGGGGGGAUUGGCUUCGGUGCCGCAGCCACCGAAACGAGAUCUGCAUUCUGGACUCAGACCCUGAAGGAAGUGUAUAAGGGCGAUGAGGGCCGGAAAAAGGUUCGAAUGGCGCUCAAUUGCCUACUAGAGAGGGAUGGGCUCCUACUUCGGAUCGGAGAUAUCAAAUGUCCUGUUUAUUGGCUACAGGGAACCGAAGACACUCCCUUUGGGACGAUCGUUCCUGCGGAACACAUUAAACGUUUUACCUCGUCUGUGGAGGCUAAACUUGUGAUGAUUGAGGGGGGUGCGCAUUACCUGAAUGCCACCAACCCAAAGGAGGUGGAUGAGGCCCUUCUGGAGAUGGUCACCAAGUACAACUGCUAG